GGGGCAUUGUGACUACAACUUUGACUUUUGGUCAUUUUUGUUCCGGGUUUUCGUAUACACUUGGACCCAGCUCCGACUAGCAACAGUUCUUGGUAGCCGAACCUAAAUAUUCGCUGUGAUCCCGGUAGUUUUAACACGCGGUUCCGGACGCGCCAUCCGGAAAUUGCGGGAAGAUCCGUAACAGACGCUGGGCAGGACGAAGUCGCAGGAGGAAUGCCAAAGCGUCCCCAGGUGGCGCGGAGACUUUGCAAACACCUACUGGACAACGAAGAGGUAUCGGAUCGGCCCUCUGCCCGCAAUGUCCUCCAGAGGUAAAAAUGACUUGUGCCAGAUAUGUGGCGGUGCCCUCCAGGGAAACCAAAGGCGGUGGCUGUUUGCGGCCCAAAAUAAGAAGGCUGGUAAGCCUCAGACCCCGACAGAGUCCCUGAGGGGAGGAAGGUUGUCCCGGUCCUCUCAGAGCAGCCCCUGGGGUAGCACGCUAUCGCUUGGUUCCUCAGUGUCUCUCUCCAAGUCCCAGUUAUCCCUGAGCUCCCCGUCGAAAGGAGUUGACCUGCUCUCCGUGUUGACCCACAUAUUGGGGCAGGCCGUGCCACGGGGCAGCAGGCAGGGGGAGUUUGUGUGUGGCAAAUGCGUGUGCGUCCUCGAGCGGGUCUUCAAGUUCGACUCGGUGAUCGCCAGGGUGAGGGUGCUUUCUUCCGAGAGGCUUCAGAAGCUGACGCAGGAGAGGGACAAGAUCAGACAGUGGGUGCGCCAGAACUACCAGCAGAGACACCCACUGGACUUCCAGAGCAGGGGCAGCACCAGCGAGGAUGAUGGGGAGGAAGAGAAGGAAGGCUACAGGGAGAUGCUCAAAGAGAAUAUGGCGCUCUCUGAGUAUGAGUGCUGGUCCGAGAAGUGGGACACGUGUUCGUAUUUUAUAAGAACGGGUAAGAGAUGCAGAAAGGGCAAAGGAUGUGAAGGCUGUGAUUCUCUCCGGGUGUCCGACUCGGAUUAUGAGUCCGUCUGUGGGGUUCCUCGUCGCCUGCCUGUCCAGCCUCUCUCCCCGCUGGCAUUGUCCCGGGACAAAUCCCAGAGCAUGCCCCUCCACUGGCAGAGGGUACCAUCCAUCAGCUCCAGCCCGGCUUCACUGGCGGGAUCCAGUCUCUCUCUACGAGCAUCGUCCCGCACUGAGUCCGUUCAGUCGCUGGACUCCCUUGAUGGCAAUGACCUGUUCGACUCACCGGUUGAUCAGUCAGUCAACUUUAUGCUGAAGGAGCUGAGAAGUAUUGAGGGGAGGCCCGUCAGCUCGCCCUCUGGGAGCAGCAUCCCCGUUCUGGAGAGGAAGGACGGGAGGUACUGCGGAAAAACUGGGGAGAUGGCGUCACCCACAGUGAACAGGGUGCUGAACUUUGGGGAGGUGCAGAACGGAGGGGAUGAAAUGGAUGGAGAGGACAAGGAUGUCCUGACAGAACUUAGGGACGAGUUCAUGCCUCUUCAUCGAGAGAGCACCACUGGCAGGGUUCACCACGCCGUCAGGCACCUGCGAGGCCAGCUGGACCGAGCUGUGUCCCGUAUCAGGACCCUGGAGGCCGAGCUGAAACACGGGGGGAGCAAACCAGCGGAAGUCGACGGAUCAGACUGGGCACCUCUGGUCCAGGAGGAGGGUGGCAGUUCCCUGGUGCAGAGCCUCGGUCACUCCCUGCACAGCCGGGACCGUCUGAUCCAGGAGUGUAUGGGUCUGAUCAGAGGACUGUGCGUGGAGGAGGGAGCAGGCACGGAGCUGGCCAACAAGCUGACUGAGAAACUGACCGAGAAUCUGAGGGAAAUUCUCUCUGACAACAAGGCUGCCCUGAAGACUCUGAGGUCUGAAAUGACUGAGAAAGAGACGGGCAUGGAGAACGAGAUCGAGGCACUGAGGAAGGCCGGAAGAGACCGAGAGAGAGACCUCGACACACUCAACGUUGUGCUGCAGUGCAACCAGGAUAUUAUCAACGACUUACGAGUGGCUCUGGGGGAGAAGGAGCGCCUGCUGAAGGAGGUGGAGAAAGAGAGGGAGGUGUGGAGACAGAGGGACCGGGCCCUCGCUGCUGUCCUGCAGGAGAAGGAGGCCCUGAUCCGCUGUCUCAAAGAGGAGCUGGAGAGCCGUCAGAGAGAUGUGCAGGCUCUUUCUGACUCUGUGACUGGUCAGGAGGCGGCAGGGGGUGGGACUGGGCAAGCCGCCUCGUUGAAAGACAGAGAGGGAAACAGUGCCACCUUGUGCCAGGAGGUCACCUCACUCACCGCAGCGCUGCAGGAAUACCAGGUCAUGGUGCAGGAUCAGCAGGAGAGUCACAGUCAGACAGUGUCCUCUCUGACGGCUCAGCUCAGAGACACCCGGCGGGAGCUGAGGGAGAGAGAGAAGGAGAAGAAGGAGGCUGAUAGAGCCCGGCGGAACGUCAGGGAGGACAGAGAGAGAGAGGAGAGGAGACUGAGGGACAGUCUGGAAAAGAGAGACAAACUCAUCGAGCAAAUCCUGCUGGAUGCUGAGCAGCGGGACCAUCUGUUCAGAGAGCUGCAGCUGAACCUGCAGAACAAAUGUGACCCUGUGGCAGCCCGUCGACCACACGCUGUGAUAGAGGGGGGGGACAUACUGCGCUGACAAGACGCACACUAACUGCACGUAGCCGGAGGAGUACUUUGCACUUUCUUGCAUCACCUUUUUGCCUCUUCAACAUGCGUAUCGGGGAUGUACAUUAAGUCUAUUUUAUUUUUAUCUUUCCACAUUUUUCUGGAGGCUUGCACUUGCAGACUGGCUUUGUUCUGCCGUGGCCCAAAGGAAAGUUGAAUUUUUCCACGAUUGCUACCAAACUCUCUGGAGUGAAUCAGUCAUUUCAGACUUAGAGAGUCGGACACAGCCCGACUGUGUUCAGUAUGGAGCGAUGUCAGGCGUAGCUUCUUACAGCUGGAUGUUUAAUACUUGAUUUAAAAACAACCAGAAUACUGUAUUUAGUUUUAUUGUUUUUUUGUUCUGUGUUCUUUUUUAAUGUAAAGGGUGUAAUGGUUUAAUUCAUGCAGUUGGAUGUUGCUGAUACAAACAUUUCUGAAUGGUGUGAUUGUGGACAGGAGCAGUUAUGUUAAUGCUUUGAGUCGAAAAUUGCCUCCCUUUAUUCUGUGAAGCUCGUUGCAGCCGGUGUCUUGUGCUCGUCUUUUUGCUUUCUCGGUACAGAUCUGCUAAUUUUUUGUUUACAGUGCUGCUUUUAGCGCUCAUGGAGGGGAAUACUUAGGACCAAAUUAAUAUUUUUGACCGCUUUCAUACUCUGCUUUUGUAUCUGUCUCAUUUUUUAUUUUAUGUUGGUACUACUCUGUUAUCUUCAAUGUUUACAUGUGUCGUAUUGUUAGCCUGGGACGUAUGCAUUUUCUUUCUUUUAGCUCAAGAGAAUUAAACACUCUGAUCCAAGUAC